AUGGCUGAGGGUGCUGCUGGCUGGGAAACCUUCCGUGAUGAGAGCUUCGAUGAGGUGCCAUUGCUGAUUGAGCCGCCACCCCCUCCGCCUUUGGCAAGGGAGGUGGAGGAGGUGGGAACCUUGGAGGAGCUCUUGGACCAGGGUGAGUCACUCCUCCAGGAAUACCGCAGCGGGAGUACGACAUUGAUUGACCGGAUAUGUACCCCCGAGAAUGUGUGCGCUUUGGUAGACCUAGCCACAAAGCAGCCAGGGGAAGGUGUUCCACCCGAUCGAGCACGCCUCCGUAGCCACACGGCUGCCGAGCUACUGUCGCUGUGCAGCCCGGGCGCAGAGGGCACGCAGGACGAGCCCUGCAAGUUGCGCUUGUCCCAAGCUUUCUUUGUGAAUGGCAGCCAUGGCACUUCUGCAAAUCCUCUCGAAGCAUUGUGGAGUUUCCUUCUCGAUGCCCGCCUGGAUCCCCGAAAAUCAAGCUGGACGGUUCUGGCUGGCUAUUUCUGCCACAUCGCCCUGGCCUUGUACCACCGGUGUCCAGACCAGGUCAUCGAAUAUCUGCGUCGUUGCGGGCCGGAACAGGUACUGGAGAGCUUUCUGCACUUUCUUGGGACGAGGUGUGUAGCAGAGCUCUUUGCCACUCUGCUAUGUACUCCCGAUGCAGAGCGUGGUCUCUUCGAAGUGGACGGGCUUAUCCUCCGCUUAGUGGAUCACUUGUCAGGCGAUGUGGCUCCCAGCGAAGAUGCGAACGAGAAUGUCUCGCUUGUCUUAAAGACGUUGCUUUGCCAGGCAUGUAGCAAGAAGCUCUACUUCGCCUCUGCGGUCGUCGAUCAGAUGUCCUCUGCAGUGGUGGUGGAGCGGCUCGUCAGUAAGGCAUGCGCAGAGUCCUCUGACCUUGCUUCCAUGGCAAAAGCCGCAGCAUCCGUGCUGGUUGGUGCAGUGUCUCAGCUCCUGCAUGGAAUGCCCAACCCUGCGUUGGCCAGCAAGGGGCCGAACCUGCUGCGACCUUUCGAGGAGGAGGAAGGCCAUGCUCACCAGACAGAGGUCGAUGAUGCGUUGCGUGCAGCGGGCGGUGCGCUUGUCCGGCACUUGUGCCAGCACCUGCCUGCCCUCUGCAGCAGUUUCUUGGGCCCGGCUUCGACGGAGGAGGGUGCAAACACAUUACCUGAAGGCACACAGCACCUGCUGGAUGGGCAGCGCCUUCGGGAUGCGAUUGUCCUUCUGCUCGAGGUUGCGGAGAGCGACCUGUGCAGCGAGGAUCUGUGGAAUCAGCUCUUGCAGCUGGCGACAGAUUCGAAGCUGCUCGAGGACACUCUCAGCGCCCACCUCGCCCUUCGGGAUGGCAGCAGCGAGACCGGGGAGGUUUUGAAGAAGAGCCUGCUCAUCGCUGAUCUUCGCCGCGCUCGUGCAGCUCAUGAGGCAGAAGCCAGCAUGCUCUGUCAAACUACGAGGUCGGUGAAGGUGGCGGAUGGACCGGCUGCCAUCGAAGCCAUGUCACUGCUGGUGGAGCUUGCUCGUCUGCAGGAUUCAGAGGUGCUGCAGGCGUUCGUGGAGCAGCGCGUGCUGUCGCGGGGUGUUCGCCGACUCUUUGACCGGUCUUGGGGCGCGGUGAUGUUGAACUCGGUAGCGGCGCUCUGCGUAGAAGUCAUCCGAGGUCCCGAGCCUCAUGGGAAAGAGGCCACAGAGAGCUUGCUGGAGGAAGACCUCCUGGAUCGUGUGGCUGGCGUCCUCCGAAAGCAGGCCGAGGUUCGGGAGGCUUUGUCUCAGCGACACGACCGCAAGGGUGAGCUUUCCAUGCCUCAGCUGGCUGCGCCGCUUCGAAAGAUUUGCGCAGAACUGCGUGAAGCCGGCAGCAGAUGGCCAGAGGUACACAUGGGCCUCUUCACGAACGAUGCCUGGACUGAGGUCAUCCUCCCAGAUUUAGAGGAGUUCACGCAGCUGGAGGAGGAGCCCCUAGGUGGCUUCGACAAGCUUGCGAGCGUUGCUUCCGUGGCCAUUCCCGGAGAGGUGGAGUUUACGCCCGAGGACCUCCGUGACAUCGAUGAGGACUUUGACACAGAGUGCCUGCUGAGCCUUGCGGGUGAACAGAUGCUUCAACGGCAGGCCCGUGUUGCUGCCCAUAAAGCUGGCGGGACCGAAGCGGAGGAGCCGCAGGACACCGAGGAGCGAUCGGCGAACCCGGAGGCGCCUGCGCCUGUCCAUGAAGGCGACACUGAGUGGGUGUAG